UUUUUAGUUUUAAAAGGUAAACGUUUGUGGGAAUUCACAGGGUUGUUGAGUGAUGAUGCACGAAUUCCCCUUGCACGAUUUAAUGUGCGUCAUAGCAUGACCCACAAAUCAGAGCGCCUGUAAUAUCUCAAUUAUUUUUUAACACAGUAUGACUUCGUCACUUUAUCCAACUUCUUCACUUUAUCCAACUUCUUCACUUUAGCCGACUCCCAGUUUAUCCAAGUCGAGUGAAAUUCUGAGGGUUCGACUAGAAAUUCAGGUGAUUAUACUCACCGCCAACUUAAUCUACGGUCGUCCAUAGUUUCAUUAACGUACUUCAUUUAACGGAGGAGUUGUUGGAAAGAGAAAGAAGAACAGAUGAGUCCAAAAGACAUUUUGGUCCUCUGGCAAUUCUUUCUCUUCGCGCAGCUGAUUGGUGCGACCAUCAGGGAUGCCAAACCUCGCCUAUUCAUUGAUGGCUCGACCAGGCCUUCUCCCAUGGCGAGAACACCUUCUCCAACUUUGAAACCACCUCCUUCAGCGACCAGGCCUUCUCCGACUGUGAAACCACCUCCUUUAGCGACCAGGCCUUCUCCGAGUGUGAAACCACCUCCUUCAGCGACCAGGCCUUCUCCGACGGAGAAUCGACCUUUUGCUUCAGUGACCAGGCCUACUCCGACGGCGAAAGGACCCUCUUCUGUAGCGACCAGGCCGUCUCCGACAGCAACCAGGCCUUCUCCAUCUGUUGCAGCCAAUCAGACAACUGUAGUCGCCGAGAUGUGUGUCAUGGCGGAGGAGAGGCGUGGCUUGAAAGAAAUUGUAAAGACUCAUCUAAAGGUUCCCAAUCCAAGGUGGAUUGGAGUCGUACCAAGUAAGGAGACCCUGGAGAAGGGGACUUGGUACUAUUGGCACUAUAAACAGAGAAGCAAAGCUGAAGAUCUGUUCAAAUGCAGCGACGGUCAAAUGCAAGUCUUGGAUCUUCUUUACGAGCAUUACUUGAGAUUCGAGCCGAGGGAGUUUUUUGGGUUCGCCCGUGUGAAAAUCUUCCACUAUGAUGUCCAACAAACUCGGUCGAGCAGCGGGCAAACACAGACACCAAGUUGCGUACAAGUACCCACGGCAGCUAAAUCCUUUCAAUUGGCGUUUAUUAUCCCACCUCGACCGUCUUAUCUGGAGAUAAAAGCAAAGAAAAAGGAUGCUUUCAGACUGAAAGAAGAUGAGAAUGACGAUGGACAAUUACUGAGUGACAUAGUCGAAGUCUACAGACCUCCUUCUCCUGCGGACAGUCCGACAGCGCAUGGGUGCAUCCCCCAAUCUGCUGUAGACGAGCUAAAUGACAUGCAUAAAAAGCUCACCAUCAACGUCUGCAUCGGAGUACAGAUCAACGCGCCGGAAGACACAACUGAACGGGACAAGCUGGACAGUCUUGGCCGUGUGGAGUUCAAAGUUGGAGCUGGGCGAUACUGGCAACGUUUCAUCAAAGGAGAAACUAUUCUUCCGCUGAAUGCUCGGGUCAGGAUGUUCCUUCGACCAAACGCCAACGGCAACGCUACGUUGUAUGUCUUGCCGGUGGCAUAUGCCGUGAAAGGCAUACAAGGACUUCGAGAAUGUGAUCAUGUCCCAAGGAAACAUGGUCACUGUGAAGAAGUUUUGACGCAAAACCCAAUUAAGGAAAUAGUAUGCAGGGCAAGUAACUCCAACGCGUCAGUUGCAGUCACAGUGGCGUCCCGAGCGGACCCCCCCACAGUAAAUGAUGACAUCAUCUACGCACCACCGUGGAUGUUCAGGGACGAGGACCCGCUGAAUGACCAAGGUUUUAGUGUAGAGGCUCUCCUGAAGACAAGCUCCAAAAUCGUGUAUAAUUUUCUUACAAGCGGAAAUGGUGAUAAACUGAAGAGGAAAUUGACCGAGUUCCCAGAAGGUCCAGAAGCCAUCAAGGAACACAUCAAGAAGCUCGCCAAAGAAAGCGGAUACUUUGGCCACCCAAAACCCGUUGCCGAAGACGCCGACGACAAACCUCUUGGAAUUAUUGUAACGAGUAUGCGUGAAAACAGAUUCGUCGAAUGGUUCUUCAAGAUCAAGUCAAGCUCCGGAAUGGAAAGAUCAAUCCAAGAUACAAAGUGGACACGAGUUGCUUUAAAAAGCGGUUAUGUCCUUGUAUUAAAGCCAAGGGAUGAAGUAAAGCCUGUUCCGAAGCCAGGAAAUGGGUCGUACUGGAGUCUGAUGGAUGCCUUAGAAUUUUGCAUGGAUUUUAAGGUGUUUAGAGUCUCUUCAGAUAUGAGGCCUGGUGUACAGCAAUUGGACAUAAACACUUUGGAAGUCGAUAAGAUUUCUCAGAGAGUAGUUUCUCUGCUCCCCACCCGACUUGGCUGCAAUGGAAAGCCAGCAAACAUCACCUUGAACAGCUGUGGUAAAUGCUCAUCUGAGGAGUGCCCUAGGAAAUGUGACGGGACAUUUAACUCUAACGCCAGAACAGAAUGCAACGGUGUUUGUGUCGGCGGAAACACUGGUCGUGCGAUCGGCUCCACACGUGACUGUUUUUGGAUGUGCGGGAAUGCAAAACUGGACAAGUGCGGUGUAUGUCAACGAAGCGAGCGUUCCGCUGGGCGUACCACAAGCCCUGGACCUGGGGCCGACUGCGCUGGAGUAUGCCCUAGACAGCCUUACUUUGGAGCAAAACGAGGAUGCAAUGGUAAAUGUGUGGGUGGAAGCACAGGGUUCCCAGAGAAUCACGGAAAAGAUGCGUGUGGUGUAUGCGGGGGGGACAACUCCACGUGUAAAGACUGCAGGGGCGAGGUCAACGGACCUCAUAAGGUGGAUGAUUGUGGUGAGUGCGCAAUACCCCAUGGUGCAGAUUUCAACGAGUGUUUUAAGCUGGAACUCGCUGAGUCUGCAAGCUUCUCUUCUGAUGGCGGGGAUGACAUGGGUGUGGUCGUUAUUGGCGUGACAGAUGCUAGGACUACUUCUUGCUCUUUUGUUAAAGGUCAAGGUGCAACCAGGAUUGAGCUGGAUCAGGUGGAAGUGCGCCCUUCGUCCCAAAAGAAGUCACGGUUCUCCUUAAUAACAAAGCCUGCUGUUGCCGGAGAGUACAGCCUGGAAUGUUCAUUCGGGAGUAAAGUAAUUAAUUCUUCCAAACGGAUAACGAUCUACGAUGCCGGCUUCCAAGUGACUGGGAUCAGUCCGUCUAGAAUUCGCAUGAACACUAAGACAAACAUUACAGUGACGGGCUCCGGCUUCGUCCACACUCCAGAGAUGAAGUGCCUCGUGGAGAUGCAAGAGACACGAUACAGGGAAGUGUUUCCAUUGUUCCUGGUCAAUAAUAAUAAAGCGAAAUGCGCUGUUGAUCUAGGGCAUCGGACUGGAGUGAUGAUUUUUCGCAUUGCAUUCUCUAUGUACGCCCAUCGACUGACUAAGGACACAAAAAGGGAACUGUCCGUCGAGGGAGCUGCACCUCGAGCUCUUACAUGCAAACAGACGAUUAAAAGCCCAGAAGUCUCUAUGCUGGUUAUCGACUUUGACGUACCAGUUAGGCCUGGAAAAGUUCGUUGCAAAGAUAUUUUGGAGAAUUUGUCUCUUGAAAAAGUUGACGGACGUUCUUCUUGCAUUUUCGAGAAGAACACACUCAUAGUGGUCAGCAGACCACUGGUAGAAGGAGAGAGUGUCACGAUUAAGAACAAAAUGGUGAAGAAUGGACAAGCGAAGUUGACAGAUCAUAAUGGCGUGGCCGAGACCUCGAAACUAGCGUGCCCCGCUGAUGCCACGGAUCCGCCUCAGGUUGAAUUAAGUGGGAACAACAAGGCAGAUAUCUGUGGAACGUUUAGGCUCCAAAUCUCUAUGAAAAAUAUCCGCAACCCUCGAGUUAACGUCACCACAGACUUCGCCAUGGGCACUGAGGAAAGCGCGAAGACAAGCGAAGCCAUCGAAGACUUGAAAAAAUUAAAGCGAAAAAUUGAAGCGUUUCUUAGUAAAGGUUGUAAAUCCAUUCGUAUUGACGAGGAUCUAGUGCUUCCUGGCACAACGAAAACCAUAACUGUAACGAUCAAUGACGCAAAAGGAAAUUUUGCCAGUGCCUCUCACGACAUUACAAGAAAACGCGACACUGCUCCGAUACUGAGCGCUAUCGGCGGGCCGAUAAGGACCCAUGAUUCGAGCAGGGACCUUAAGAUAAGAGUGCGACCUGAAGUGUCCAAAUGUGGUCGAGCUGAUAAGAAGAGGAAAUAUGAGUUUUUUUUCGAGUGCGAUGACAAGGAUAGGGUUAACCUGAAGAGUGAUGGCAAUCCUUUUAUAAAGGUGUCGCGAAAAGAGCUUAAGGGAGGAAAGAACUAUACAUUUACUGCGAGGGUGGUGAUAACAUCACAAAACGAAAGCCAGACAGCAUCCACUAGCAUAAAGGUCAUCAUACCUAGCAAGCCUCUGAAAUGUUCACUAGGCACACGUUUUCGUGAUUUUGGUCGGGACACUCCUCUGGUAGAGUUUGCCGGUGAGGUUGCCGACCCAGAUAACGAUGUCGACACCCCCCUGGAAGUCUUCUGGACGUGCGAGGAUCAGGAAGGGUCGCUUUGCAGUUAUGAGGAUGAUGACGGGGUAUUCCAGUGGCUUACCAUCGCAAAUGAUAUCAAGACAUCAGUGAACGUCUCACGUCUCAGGCCCGCACGUUAUCGCUUCAACUUGACUGUCACAAAAGGCCCACGUAGUUGCCACAGUCUAACAUGGAUAAGAAUACGGGGAGAAGUGGGAGUCCCCACCAUCAAAAUGAUUGCUCCUAGUGACAAGGUGAACCCAAACGACGUGGCGCACAUCAGCGCGAGUGUUAAGAACCUUGUACCAAAGGGUAUUGAAGUGGUCUGGUAUAGCAUUGAGAAAGAUGGCUAUUCAUACCUUGUUCUGGAUGGGGAUAGUACUACCUACAACAAGUUAAGUACUGAAGUCAAAGGGAAUUCUGCCAAAAGAUUACAUCUGGUAUUAAGAGAAGGUGUUCUUAACAACGGCGCGAAAUAUGCAUUCGGCCUUGAAGCCCGUAACCAAGAUGGCAACGUAAUAGCCAAGGCCGAGGGGGAACUGGAAACUAUUGAUCGUCCUACAGCGGGUUUACUGUCGAUAGAGCCAGCGGAAGGAGUGGCAAGAAACACCACCUUUACUUUUGCUGCCACGGAAGGAUGGGAGGAUAAACCGCUGAAGAGUUACGAAAUUCGGUGCUUGUCGAAGACGGAUACGGGAAGAAAGGAACCAAAGUCGCUUGGGCCACCGUCAACGGAUAAAACCUUUAAUACAAUACUCAUGGCAGGUGAUCCAGAAGAUUCUGACAAACUGGAGUUUGAAGUUAAAGUCUGCGAUGACUCCGGUGCAUGCUCCACAGCUAGACAAUCGGUUACCGUGCAUCCUAGAGUCCCGGAUGUCGAGGAGGUGGCAUCCGCUGAACAGCGAAUCGUAGAGAGCACUGAGAAGGGAGAUAUUCAUGCGACACAGAGUCUGCUGUCGAGCUAUGAAAAGUUGCUUGAAAUCAAUACCCUUGACGACGACAUGCUGGAAACAGUCAAACAAAUGCGACGAACCGCCACCAACCAGAUCACAAAGCGGUUCCUCUCGUCCCCGUCAGACGAUGAGACACAAAAGUCUGCACUCGAAUGUUUGACGAAAACCCUAAAGGGCAAGCAAGCUAGUGAGUUCUUGAGCAUGGACGAGGAAGAACAGCUAAUUGACAGCGUGUUCAAUGCUGUUAAGCCAACAGUGUCGAGUCAAGAGGGGCGAAGGAGGCGGCGAGCCACAGAGGAGUCUACCGUCGUGGAGAAAACAGCCGCUGAGGUGGAAGCCGUCAUGGAUAUCUACAAAAGCUUACUAUCAGUGGACGAUUUCGAUUCCCCCGCGCUGACCGUCAAAGACCAGUUCAUUGAGAUUAUUGACGAGCUUGGAACGUCCCUCUGCAAAGGGUUAUCUGUAGGCCAACCCGCGGUCACUGCCGAAUCCGCUGACCUAGGAACCCUUAGAAGCGAGAAGAAUGAUUUCAGUUUGAUUGACAGCAACAUGACGCCGCUCAGCUGUCAGGCUUGCACAAAGAAUGUGACCUUGAGUGCGCAUGCUCUCCUGGGAAAGUCACUGCAAGAUGAGUAUGCCAGUUGGACUUGUUCAGCGGAGGCAUGCAGUGGCGCAUGUGUUGUGUCAUCACAGAUGAAUCAUGACCUCCUGGCUCGUGCAGUUUGGCAGUACGCCCGUCUCAGUGACGUCAUCUACAUGAAGCUUUUUAACCCAGAGACCCUGGCUGCCAUAGUGAUUUCAAAAUUGUCCAAUCAAAUUAAUAUGAAGAUUCCGUUGCGCAACAUGCCGGUCAACGAUUUCACCCCCAUGUGUUAUGUGUGGGACAAAGUCUCUUCCACGUGGUCCUUCACCGAUGUCACAACCCACUUUUUGAUCAAUGAAACGGGACAAGUGUACGCGAACUGCAGUUCCCCCCUGCUCGGCCACUUUGCCGUGUUCUCAGUCCCGCUAGAGGUGCAGAAGGAAGCGGCCGCUGCAGCCGAGCCCACACCAACCACCGAGGCCGCUACCACCACUGGAAAGGUGUUGUCGUCAACUGAGGUGAUGACAGACACGACACCGACGAUCGUUGGGAGCACGACUGAGACGGUGCGCCCGCCAGAGAAGCCGGCCCGUGUACAAGUGAAAUUCCCAGCUCCCUUCCCGAAGGACGAAGCCGGUAAGACCACCUUUACCCGUUCUUUCCAAGCCUCCAUGGCUGUCAAACUGAACGUGCCAGAGUUCCGUAUAACCGACGUCACCCUCAAGGAAGGAAGCAUUAUCGUAUCCUUCACCUUGGCACCAAGCGCAAAUGGUACGACGGUGCAAGACCUGAAGGUUACGCUGGAGGGGCUGGUGACUAGCGGUAGUUUGACCGUUACGCUCGCGAGCGGCGAAGUCUUUGUAGCGGACACAGCGUCAUUUAAGGUCCUUGCUGAGGGUCAAACAACAACUGCUAAGCCAGCAAUCACUGCCGCCCCUGCAAAGUCGACCGGUCUUAGUGCGGAGUUCAUCGUUGCCAUUGCGGUGGGCAGUCUACUGGUGGUUGCUAUCAUCGUCAUUGCCGCUGUGUUGGUAAAAAGGAAGCAAAGAGGGCCUGAGGCAAAGACAAAGGUCAAAAGCCUGGAUGUACAUCAAUGGCCUAGCAAUCCCGUUCAGCAAGUACGGGAGCCAGCGCAGAUACAAGGCGCUUAUGAUAACGUCUCGCUCCCUGGUACACCGGAUUCAGAAUAGUCACGCUACGUUGCGUUACAGCACGUCACGUCGCCUUCUCGUCACGCCGCACUGCAUACCGUCUCAUCAAAUCCAUAUAGAGUGACAGCCAAACAAAAUCAAUCCCUUUAUUUUAUACCCUGCUAAACGGCUCUCAUUCGGGGUUAUUCGGAAGUGUUUUAUUUUCGAAUAAUUUCGAGUCCUGUGGCGCGCUUGCAGGCCAAUGCUUCGAAUAAGAGCCAGCUGGUAGGCUACUUUUCUAACUCCAAUUUCUCGUGUGCUGUACUCUGGGUUCCACACUUUCUCUCACCUCACCUCACCUCACCUCACCUCACGUCACGUCACGUCACCUCACCUCACGUCACCUGACGUCACCUCACCUCACCUAACCUCACCUCUCGAAAAAACGAAAGCGCGACGAAUGUGUGCCGACGGAAGGGGAAGAGGCUAUGGUCUGUUACGAUGUACCGCUCGGCGUAUUGUUUAAAGCCUGGCAGCGACUAGCUGCUGGCUCUCAGGGUAAUUGUCGAGUCUGGUACAUCUUAUGCUCUACUCGUUUCAACAGUCUCCGCGGAAACGGAGACAGAAACGACACAGAGAUUGACCCCUUUUUAUUUCCACAUUAGGCCCAACAUGUUUGGUCGGACUGGCUGGUUUAACUGGCUUUACAGGAUUGACCGUAGUUUGACUGGCAUGUUUGGCAGUUUUGACUGGUUUUAAUGGCCUAAAACAGGUUUGAUAGUACUCACUGGUUUGACUUGUCUAAAUGGUUUCAUAGUACUGACUGGUUUGACUUGCCUAACUGGUUUCAUCGGAGAAUGGCUUUAGUAAAUGAAAUAAGAUACACCAUAUGUUUCCGUAGCUAGUCAAAAAGUAUAGUGUGAUUUCGCGUCCCUGGAUCGAAUGCGCAACGAUUCUUGGGAGAGCAUUGUGCUACCUCUUUGUCGUUCAUAGCUAAGCGUACUGAUGUGCUUAACCGGGAAUCGAACGCAUCCCGCAUAAGGACGUUGCACUUGCACAUUUAUCUGAAGCCUCAUGCAAACGGCCACAAGGGAAGGACCUGCUGGCGAAAAACUUUACAGCGCCUAAAAACCUGGCGUAAAGAAACAGCGCCAAAAUUUCAGGACUCCGUUAUUCUGGCUGUUUUUGCCAGUAAUUCUGGCGUUUGCACGGAGUUUUAACACAAGCGAAAUAUUUAGUAAGGAGAAAAAGGAUCCGAUAGGAUAUCAUGAGUUCCUGCUGCGUUCCUCGCGGACGCUAUGAAGGGAUGUUAACUUUUCCAGGGGCGGGUCCAGGAUUUCAAAAUAGGUGGUGGAUAGUGGCCGGAUAGGCGGCCUGUAACCGAUCCACUGGUUCUUGGUAGGUCACAUAGAUCUAACAAUACUUAAAGCUGAAUUGAAUUUGUCGCGUCAGCAAAGUCAAGCAGGCGAUGGCACAUGGACAGUACCUUCUCCGUAGUUUCUUCAAAGUGAAUUUUCAAUUUUUUUUGCUCAAAAAGUGGGGUGGGUAUCCACCCAAUCUACCUCCCCUGUGUCCAAGGAUCUUCUUUAACACACGUUUAGAACAGUGGCCGCUCAGAAGAAUCUCUCCCCCCCCCCCCCCCCCUACGCCUCCUCCCAUGCUCGUACAGGAUUCGUCGUUUUAGUUUUUGGCUGCAAAAAUGCCACACCGAAAAGACGUAAAAGGGGGGGGGGGGGGGGUCCUAAAAGCGCCCGAAAAGACAGCUGGGCCCCGAGGCUGUCAGACCUUUUACUAUAUUCAGUAAUAUCAAGCGCAAAACCUUUACACUAUCGUGCCUUCUACCUCCCCAUUCCUCGCGGCAACUGAAUGUAGCACCAUGCACUUUGAAUGUAAUAAAAAUGUCUAUUCGACAA